CGAUUUCUAUGGUUUAUAGAGAAACAUAUGAGCAAAAUCGAGAAAACCUUGCUUACAAACAAACUAGUUUAUUAUCAGGCGACCUUCAUGCGUAAAUUCCUAAUAUUUUAUAAUUAGCAAAAUAAUCAUAAUAAACACAAACGUAGGAAAAUGUAUGAGUUGACCGCGUCUCAGUAGUAAUUCAGAUGUAGCCCAACUCUGUUUAAAAAAAAAAUUUUACACGUGAUGUGAUUUUAGUUAUUCCUGAGUGAUCCUUAAAGUAUUGUUCUAAAAUAUAUACAUUAUUGAUGAAUAAACUAAUAUGAGUACCAAAUCUCUUGUAAUAAUACGAUAAAUAAUACAAAUUAUAGUGGUGCAUACAAUUUUUUUAAGAUAAAUAAAAGGAAGCGUAGCAUUUUCAAAAUGAUAUCACAAUCAAUUCAUCUGCGAAUUUCGUUGUAUUUGUUUAUAUUUUAUGGGUCUAAAACAACAAGCACUGCUGGAUUUCCGCCAUUAUUCGAAUCCGGGUUGAUGUACAUUGCUGAAUCUUUGGAAUGGGAAUCACACGAAACCGUCAAUCAGGCAAAAGUUUUCCCGGAAUACGAUUUCAUUGUCGUCGGUGCCGGAAGUGCCGGAUCGGUAGUGGCGAGCCGAUUGUCCGAAGUAAAACAAUGGCAGGUGCUGUUGAUCGAAGCCGGGCAACACGCCUCACACUUCAUGGACGUGCCUUUGGCUGCUCCGUUUUUGCAAUUUUCCUCGAUCAAUUGGAAAUACAGAACAGUUCCGAUGAACAACUCGUGUCUAGGAAUGGAAGGCAAUCGGUGCAAAUUUCCUAGGGGCAAAGUCAUGGGUGGCAGUAGCGUAUUGAAUUACAUGAUAUAUACACGUGGUAACAUAAAGGAUUACGACAAUUGGGCGGAUAUGGGAAAUACGGGUUGGGAUUAUAACAGCGUUCUGAAAUAUUUCAUCAAAUCGGAAAACGCCAACUUGUCUCAGGCUGACCCGGGUUAUCACGGAAAAAACGGAUUGUUGUCGGUGUCCGAUGUCCCAUACAGGACACCAAUAGCAAAAGCUUUUGUAGAAGCCGGGUCACAAAUCGGACUUCCUGUUGUAGACGUCAACGGGGAGAAACAAGUCGGGAUCAAUUAUAUACAGGCUACCAUGAAGAACGGUCGCCGUUGGAGUACAAACACGGCGUUUCUGUUCCCUGCGAAAAAAAGACCGAACCUUCACGUGAAAAAGCAGAGCAUGGUAACGCGGAUACUGAUAGACGAAUUGUCAAACAAGGCGAUUGGAGUGGAGUUUGUAUCGAAUCGAAAGAAACAUAGGGUGUUUGUGCGGAAGGAAGUGAUCGUUUCCGGGGGGGCCAUAAACACACCGCAGCUGCUCAUGCUGUCCGGAAUCGGGCCCAAGCAACACUUGGCAGACAUCCGGAUCCCGUUGGUGAAAGACUUGCCAGUCGGUGAGAACCUCAUGGACCACGUGUCACUCGGCAGUCUGGUCGUAUCGAUAAACGAAUCCAUUUCGAUUACUCUGAAAAAUUCUCUGGAAGAUCCGUACGCCAUGAACGAUUACUUACGGUACGGCAGUGGCCUUGACACGGUGCCGGGAGGCGCCGAGGCCCUGGCGUUUGUGGACGUGGAUAAGCCCGGGUCCGGAGACGGACAUCCCAAUCUUGAGUUGCUGUUGAUAUCAGGAACGUACUCGGCCGAUAAGAUGAUGCCCAAGCUGUGUGGCAUGAGGGCCGACCUGUACGACGCAGUGUACCGGGCCACCGAGGGUAUGGAUGGGUUCACGGUGUUCCCGAUGGUGAUGCGUCCCAAGAGCCGCGGCCGCGUGUGGCUGAGAGACGCUGACCCGUCCCACCACCCACUGAUCGACCCCAACUAUUUCGCCGACGAGGCCGACCUGGACGUGAUCGUGGCCGGAGUCCGGCUCGUCCAGCAGAUGCUGCGCACGGGCCCGAUGAGGUCACUCAACGCCACAGUCCUGGAAACGCCGCUUCCGGGUUGCGUGCAACACGUGUUCGACACAGACGCUUACUGGAAGUGUGCCGCCAGACAGAUAUCGUUCACGAUCUAUCACUUGUCCGGCACGUGCAAGAUGGGACCGGCUACAGAUCCGACGUCCGUCGUCGAUCCGAGGUUGCGCGUGCACGGCAUCAGCGGCCUGAGAGUGGUGGACGCGUCGAUCAUGCCGGAAGUGCCAGCAGCUCACACCAACGCCCCGACGAUCAUGAUCGCGGAAAAAGCGUCCGACAUGAUUAAGGAGGACUGGGACGUACGGACGUAGUAGAUAAUUUCGAGCUGUAAUAAUAUUAUAAUCAGCAUUAAGGAUAUUGAUUUAAGCGACUGGCGCCAAUCGAAUUUUUUAUUGGAGGUAUACCAACAUUUAAGCCGUCCAAUUCUUAUAAUACACAAUAUAUAAUUCACGCAGGUCCGGUGAUUGCCUAUACAUUAUGUUUGUAUAACAGAGCAAAAUAAUAUGUUGUGCGUAUUAACCGAUAAAUUCGUGUUUUAAUAAUGACUGAUGUCCAAUGAUGUACAUACUAAUAAGCAACAAUUAUAAUUAUAUUAUUAUGUAAUACACGAUUUUAUUUCUAAUAA